AUGGGGAGAGUGAAGCUUCAGAUCAAAAAGAUUGAGAACACAACAAAUAGGCAAGUCACUUUCUCAAAGAGGAGGAAUGGACUAAUCAAGAAAGCUUACGAACUUUCUGUUCUCUGUGAUGUUGAUGUGGCUCUCAUCAUGUUUUCCCCAUCAGGGAGAGCCAGUCUCUUCUCUGGCAAUAGAAGUAUUGAGGAAAUUCUAGAACGAUAUGUUAAUCUUCCGGAGACUGAACACGGAAGGAUGCACAAUCAAGAGCACGUUAAAAAGUUGCUCACUAGGUUGAAAAUUGAAGCUGAUCAAAUAUGCAAAGCCCCACGCCCAAUGACUCCAGAUUCUCAACUUGAGGAGAUUCAAAGAGAAAUAUCUAUUUGCAAGUCUCAAUUGGAAGAGAUGGAGAAGAGACUAAGGAUAUUUGAAGGUGAUCCUUCUGAGAUCACAACGUUGUGCGAGGCUGAAUAUCGUGAACAUGUUCUUCGGGAAACACUAACACAAGUGCAACUACAAAAAGUACAUGUUCCAAAAACUGUAAAUGAAAAUGGAUUUGUUACCAGUACCUCAAAGAAUCCAGUAGAUUGGUUUUCACAGGGAGAUCCACGUCCUCAGAUUUUGAACUUUGCUAAUGCUUACGACUCUGCUCCUGUAAGAGAUCAACAAUCAAACAAUAAUGCUGUUGUUGAUAUGUUAGCGCCAAAUUCGACCCUUCUGCACUCUUGGGAGCACCUUCGUCCUUUAGGGAGUGGAUCUUUAUCUAUUGCAGAGACAACUCAGACAAGGGAAGGAGAACAACUAGAACAGUAUUUUUCUCAAUUUAUCCCAUAA